AGCUUCUGGAGUUCAAUCAGGGCUCGCGUCCCCUCGGUCACGCAAAUUUGGUCGAGUCUAGAAAGCAGGUCCUGCGUCUGUGGAUUUUCCCUACUGUGUACCGAGCCCUCGGGGUUGGCCAGCCCCCUCUUUUUGGUAACGACAAAAACAAGCGCCACUAUAUCUAACUUCUAGACCGAGAACGUUAGCAUUCAUUAAUCUCCUUGCAGAAGCGGGAAGGGGACAAAACCUAUUAAGGGUUAACUCAAUAUGCAAAACACAGUUUUGGCUCUUUACAUAUUUUUUUUUUUUUAUGUCAGCAACAAAUCUGUAAGUAGGCUUCAUUGUUCCUAUUCUGCGGAAGAGGAGAUUGAGACUCUGAAACGAGGAGCGACUGUCCUAACAGGUAGGGACUCUUAGAAGUGAGAUUUAUAGUGAAGAUGGACUUUAAAUCUGUUAAUUUCCCUUUUAGUCUCAUUGCCUUUGUCGCGGUGGACAGUACCGAAGGAAUUUUAGGUUAAUGGCUCUGUGCUUGGGUUGUAUGAUAGGAAGGGAAUAGCAGGGGAUGCAGUUUUAUCUCCUAUUCACAAUAACCUUGGAACGUGGGUAAAAGCCGUGGAGCAUUUGCCAUUGCUAGAAACAUGUGCAAAGAUGCCUGAGGUUAGUUUGAUACUUGGGUUUUUCAUCUCUCCCGUUACUUAUUACAAACAAACGUGUAGAGUUACUCUGUACAUCCUAAAAUCAACUUUUUAUAAAGGUUUUUAUGUUGGAAAAUUUCAAACAUCUACAACAGUAUGGAAAAUACUGCAAAGCAUUCUCAAGUAUAUGUGACCAAGCUUUAACAAUUUUUAUUUUAACUCCUAAAAGUCACCUAUUUUACAGAAGGUAGGACAAAGUGGUGAAGACUUGGAGCUCUGGAGAUGGGAUGUCUUGGUUGAAAGCCCAGCUCUACCAAUGAGUAGAUGUGUGAACGUGGGUGUGUUAUUUCAUUGCGGUAAAGCUUCCAUAUUAAAUGGGAAGGGACGCUGGGAGAGGGGAGAGCUGACCACGGAACAUCUCAAUUUCCGGUUCACUAGUAACUCUGUAGUUUGACAGUUACCAUGGCUCCGGGCGCUGUGCGUCUUACGCUUUUCCUAGGCGCUGGCUGAUGGCGUAAUCAGUUCCGGCGCCCUACGAGGGCGGGGAAGCAAGCAGCCGGGGCUCGGGGCUGAGAGCGGCCGUGGGGCCGCCUCCCCGGGCCCCCUGGCUCCGCCAUGUUCCGCAGGGCACGCCUUAGCGUGAAGCCGAAUGUCAGGCCUGGUGUAGGCGCCAGGAGCUCCUCCGCUCCCAACCCCCAACGUGGACAAGAGGCUCCCAGGCCCCCGGAUCCUGCAGCCGCUUCUUCCCCGAAGCCAGCGGAGUCUACAGAUGUGCCCCCGGUGGAUUUCGGGGGAACGGAGCCGCAAGAAAAGCCUCCCAGGAGCAGUGAUGAAAAGACUGACAAUGAGAAUUAUGUUGAAGAAUCCAGUAAGUCUUCCUCUGCUGUUUCACAGAGAAGAAAGCGAAUAUCAAGUACUACUCUGGUUAAGCCUGGUGUCAGUGUUCCUUCAGAAUCUCAUCCCUUAUCUACAGUUAAUCAAGAAGUUCCACAGCCAAAGCCUAUUUCAACAAAAGAGAAACAGCCAUGUUCAGACAGAUACCGAAUAUAUAAAGCCCAGAAACUAAGAGAAAUGUUAAAAGAAGAAUUGAGAAAGGAGAAGAAACAAUGGAAAAACAAAUAUGCCAUAAAUGAAAGUCAGAAGCCACCAGAUCGUUCAAAAAUGACUAUGAGAGAUUUCAUAUAUUACCUGCCAGAUAAUAAUCCAAUGACUUCUUCACUGGAACAAGAAAAGAAAACUGAAAAAUCAUUGACACCAGUCCAGACAAGAGAUAGGCAAGAAGGUAAAAGUACUCCUGAUGCUGAAGGUCAUGAAGAAGUAGAAGAAGAAGUGGAUGACGGGCCAUUGCUGGUUCCUCGAGUAAAAGUGGCAGAAGAUGGUUCCAUUAUUUUGGAUGAAGAAAGUUUAACUGUAGAAGUUUUAAGGACAAAAGGCCCCUGUGUUGUUGAGGAAAAUGACCCCAUAUUUGAGCGUGGUUCUACAACUACAUAUUCCAGCUUUAGGAAAAACUAUUAUUCUAAACCAUGGUCAAAUAAAGAAACAGAUAUGUUUUUUUUAGCCAUCAGCAUGGUAGGAACUGACUUUUCUAUGAUUGGACAACUUUUUCCUCACAGAGCAAGGAUAGAAAUUAAGAAUAAAUUUAAACGUGAAGAGAAAACAAAUGGAUGGAGAAUAGACAAAGCCUUCCAGGAAAAGCGCCCUUUUGACUUCGAUUUUUUUGCUCAUUUGCUUCAGAAAGUUCUUGCUGAAGAAGAGAAAAGAAAACAAAAAUCUGUUAAAAAUCAGAGUUCAAAGGAGAAGAAAUCUUCUAAACCUCGGAAAAACGUAAAAGCAAAAAAAGUUGCCAGUGAAGGAGGAAAUGAUGAUCCAGAUGAGUCUCUGAGCAGCAAAAUUUCAGAUACAGAACAGUCUCAAAAGGACGCUCAAACGGGUGAAGAAGAACAACAGUCUCAGACUUUACCAGAACAGGAUUCAGAACAGAUUGCAUUAGAAACAGACCUAAAUCAAAAGAAAAGAAGAAGAAAGAAUCAGGAUGAAACUGGUAAACAGGAAGUAAAGAAUCUUUCAGGAAAUGCCACUGUUCAGUUAGAUCAUUCUAAAGGAGAAAAAUACAUAAAUAACAGUCAGUCUUUAAGGCCUGAGAUGAAUGAAGAUGAAGGCAAUAAGGAACAGAAGCUUUCUUGCAUACAAAAUAUAGAUGACAUUGUGGAUUUAUCCUCCAGUGAAAAAGUUGAGAAAAGAACUGAUCCUGUGCUUUUAUCGAGUGGUCAACAAGAUGCCAUGCCAUUAGCAGCUGAGACUUCAGAAUCAAGCCCUUCAGAUUUGCCUUCAUCAGAAGUUGAAAUUAGCACACCAAGUGAGGUUAAUAAUGCUGAAAGUAGUUGUACAAAAGAAAGCAAUGUUAACCUAAAAAAUAAAUCAUUGGAAACUGAUCAAUCAGGAAGUGUUAAACUGAUGGCAAGAAGACAACUGCAGAGACCUAAACCCAAUUUGUCAAGGGCAGUUGGGAAGAAAUCUGUUCUUUCACAAGGUAAAACAGAUGCAGAGAGCAAGAGUUUACAUGCCGAAACUUCAGUGGAAAAGAAUCAAAUGGAAAAGGAUAAAGUGAAUACAUCUGACAUUGCUGGAAUGGAAUAUACAGAGAAAGUGAACCCAGAAACUGAGACUGUGUCUAAUUGUUCUAGUUUGAGUGAAAAAAUUGGUGUUCGGGACGAUGAUCAAACAAAGGCUUUAAGACCGGCACGACUAAUGAGGGGCCGACUGCAAAGGCCAAAGCCAAAUAUAUGUAAAGCUGCUGAAAGAAAAGAAAUUCUUACAUCACAGGAAAAAAUUGGGGCCAAUGUAAAAAAGAAUGAAAGUGAAUCCUGUAUUGCUAGAGAUAAUCCUGAACAGGUAGAAGAUCAGUCAUGUAAAAAUUUUGAGUUUCAAGACAUCACGUCACAAUCUGAGAAAGAAGAUAAUUUUUUUCAAAUGAAUGUUAGUGAGUGUCUAAGUAUUCAAGAGGAUAAUAAAGUCCCAGUUCUGAAAACUCGGUUACAGAAACCAAAGCCAAAUAUAGGAAGAGGAGCUAGAAGGCGAGAAGUUUCCUCAAAGGAAGAGGUAUCAGAGGAGAUAGUUGCUUCGGGACAAUUGACAGCAGCUUUGGGAGAAAUUAAGAGAGUGGAAGAAACCUUACCAAGGGAGAAGAUAUCACUGGAGGCUAAUAGUACUAAGGAAAUGGAGUCACAUUUUAAAAAAACUAGGAGAAGAGAUGUCUCUCCCAUAGAGCAGAUAGCAGAAACGAUUGACAACACUGUGGAAAUGGAGACAGAUUUGAAAGAAACUAGAGGAGAGAUUUCCUCAAGGGAGAAUAUAUCAGAGGUGUCUGAUGUCAUUGAGGAAAGAGUGACAGAUGUGAAAGAAACUGGAAGAGAGAUUUCCUCAAGGGAGAAUAUAUCAGAGGUGUCUGAUGUCAUUGAGGAAAGAGUGAUAGAUUUGAAAGAAACUGAAAGAGCAGUUUCCUCAAGGGAGGAUGUAUCAGAGAUGUCUGAUGUCACUGAGGAAAGAGUGACAGACUUGGAAGAAACUGGAAGAGAGGUUUCCCCAAGAGACACUAUAUCAGCAAUGUCUGAUGUCACUGAGGAAAGAGUCACAGACUUGGAAGAAACUGGAAGAGAGGUUUCUCCAAGGGAGAAUAUAUCAGAGGUGUCUGAUGUCACUGAGAAAAGAGUGACAGAUUUGAAAGAAACUGGAAGAGCGGUUUCCCCAAGAGACAGUAUAUCAGAGAUGUCUGAUGUCACUGACGAAAGAGUGACAGAUUUGGAAGAAACUGGAAGAGAAGUUUCCAUAAGGGACAUUAUAUCAGAGAUAUCUGAUGUCACUGAGGAAAGAAUGACAGAUUUGGAAGAAACUGGAAGAAGAGAAAUAUCCUUACAGGAAGAUGCCCCAGAGGAGGUCAGCACUACAGAUGAAGUAGAAACAGGUUUGGAAGAAACUGGAAGAGAGAUUUCUGUAAGGGAGAAUAUACCAGAGGUAAUUGAUGUCACUGAGGAGAGAGAGACAUCUGUGGAAGAAACUGAAAGAAGAGAAAUAGACACACAAGGAAAGGCCUUACAGGUCAAGACUGUAGGUGAAAUGGAGACAGAUUGGAAAGAAAUUGGAAAAGAAACUUCCCUGAGGGCAAAGGUACCUGUGGAGAUCAGUGCCUUAGGGGAGAGCGAGAUUGAUUUGGAAGAAACUGGAGAAAAAGAGCUUUCCCUGAUGGAGAACGUACUAGGAAAGACAACUGCUAUUGAAGAAACAGAGGCAGAUAUGAAACAAAGUGGACGAGCAAUUUCCUUGAGGAAUCCCAGCUCAGAGAUUAGUGCUACUGAGGAAAUGGUUGCAGAUUUGGGAAAACCUAGAGAAAUGGACAUUUCCCUAAGGAAAUAUGAAGCAGAGGAGACCAGGACCUCAAGACAAAUGGAGACAGACUUAAUGCAGAGCAGUAGUGGUGGCUGCAGCACUGUGCCUUCACUAGAUACCAAAAACAUUAGCAGUGAAGUACUAUCCAUGGUACUUACACCUGAGGCAGAAAAAAGAAAUUCUGAAAAGGAACUAUCAGAUCACUUGAGUAGUUUGAAGACUUCCUUGCAGACUUUGGAACUCGGUAAAACCGAAGACCAGGGGAUGCAAUCUCCAGAUGCUCCAGAGCAGUUUUCAGAUAAUAAUUCAAGCAAGUCUCUUCCUCAAGAACAGAAGCCAUUUGAAGUUAAACCAGCACCUUUUGUGAGAAGUCGAUUCAAAAGACCAAAACCAAACUUAGCAAGAGCAACUUUAAAGAGAGAGACUACGGAAGCAGGAAAAUAUGUACCUGGGAAGAAAUUGGAAACGGAUAAAGCUGAGACUGUUGUGUUACAGCAGAGCAGUGAACAGAUGAACACUGUCCCUUCUCAACAUGAUGUUGCUUCCCUAAUGGCAGCAGGAGAAAAAGACAAAUCAGGUCACAGUCAGGAGGAGGUUGUGAUAUUACCAUGUAUACAGACUGAAAAGGACCUUUCACCUUCAAGUUCUUCUGGUCCUCAAGAGGAGUCUCAGCCUGUGCAAGCCCAGGAAAAGGAAUUAGUUGUUUCUAUGGGGGCUCAUAGUAUAAACAGUUCCCAGCAAGAAUCCAAGGAAAGUGUUGUCCCAACCAUUCGAACAGUAAGGGGCCGACUUCAAAGACCCAGACCAAACAUAAGAAAGACUGGACAGAGGCAUAUAGAAAAAGGUGAAGCCAAAGGCAUAGUUGAGGAAGAAAAAACAGUAGUACAGAAAGAUGAAACUAAAAAACUAUUGACUGUGCCAAAUUCUCCAGUUGGAACUGAAAUUGAAGUUGUAGCCUCCAAAGUUUCUGAAGGUAGACUACAUGAAAACCAGAGUCACAUGGUUCUUGUAGACCCUCUUCAUGUUAACAAAGUAAAUGUUUUAGAUGAAAAGAUGAGACCUGAACCUAAAAGGUAUGUUCCUAGUCCAGCACAGUUGACAAGAAGGCAAUUCCAAAAGGCUAAGCCAAAUUUGGGAAGAGCACAUGGUAAGAAGGAGGAACUAGGUAUAGAAAAAGACAGAACAGAUCAGAGUGAGGCAAGGAAGCCAGAAGAUAAUUUGCUGCAGCCAGGAGAUGAUACCCAGCUCCUUCAAAAAGAAAAGGCUGAGUUUCUGACAUCAUUGGAGGUUUCAGCAAGAAAAGAUUGUAUAGAUUCCAAAGAGGCUAUUUUGGCCAAAAAAGAUACCCAAUCAGAAGUUGGACCAUCAGGAAGUGUUGGAGAAAAAACUAUAGUGGAUAAUUCGGUGUCUUCAGUUGUUGAAGAGCAGUGUGUCAGUAAACUAACAAGCCCUCCACAACUAUUGAAAGAAUCAAGUUACUCUAAAAUUGCUCUGGAUCGAAGAACAACGAUCUCUUCUGCUUCUGAGAACGAGGUGGAUCAUGGUGGAAGGAGAAUGCAUCGAAAGAUCAAACCAAAUGUCACUAGGGGCCGUGGAUCAAAACGAAUGCGAAGUAAGACCUCUAGGAAGGAACCUCGUGCUUCCAAGUCCACGCUGGUGACUCUUCGGGCUUCUCAGGAAGAAGAUGAAGAUGAUGCUGAAGAUUUUGAGCCUGAUUAUGAAGAAGACAGUUACCAUCUUGCUCCAGAAGAAGUAAACAAAGCUCCAGUGUUUGUUCCCAUUGGUCUCAGAUCUCCCGAACCUGUUACUGCUCAAAUUGAGGAAACGAUGGAAGAGCUUGAAAUAACUGUGAAUGCACCUGAUGUAGGAUGUAUAGCUGUUGUUGAGCAUCCAGUCUCCACAAAUGUGACUACUCAGCAAAUGAAACAAGAAGAAAAUUUGAAGGCAUUAUCUAUGGAAAUGACCACAGGUGAACAUACCCAAGAUGAAACAGGUACCAAUGAUGGAAGCACUGAAGCUGCUAUAACUUUACUUACAAUGGGAGAUCUAGUGUUGCAGUCAGAGAUUGGUACAGAACAGAGUGAUGGAGUAUGUGUACUUCUUGAUGUUCAUUCAAAGGAUAAAAGCUGUGUUCCUUUUAGCCCAGAUAAUGUAAAUCACAAAAUUGUUCGUGAAUGUCAGGAGCUUUCUUCACCUGUCAGUAGUACAUCUCCUUCACCAUUAGAAGAAAACAAGAUUGUAUUGGAAGAGCAAAGUACUAAAGAAGAAAUUGGUUUAGUGGAGGAAGUAAAGGAAAAUGCUAUAUCAACCAGGAAUACAACCUCUGAUGUGACCAGUAAUUUGAGAAUGAGAAGUAGAUUUGCCAAGCCUAAGCCAAAUCUUAAGACUUUAAGGACCAGCAGGUUUGGCGUUCAUCAGGAAGUUCCCAAUUUGUUUGCAAGCCAAGGAGAAGUAGUAGAAAGUCAAAGAGAAACUGAGAAAAAUGGUUCUGAAGCAAUGGAGGAAUUACAAGAUAAAAAAUUUGAAUCACUUACAACAGCACUGAAUAAGGAGCAGAACAUCUUGGCAUGUGAACAUGGUAUUGAAGAGAUGACUAUUUCUCAAGAAGCAAACCUAACUGAAAGAAAUGAUCAAGAAGAGGAAUCUCAAAAGGUUCAGUUAUUUUCAGUUGAUCCAAUUGUUUGCUCUGAAACAAAGCCCCAUACGCUUGGUUCAGAUAUGGGUCUCGGUGAGAGUUGUAUCAAAGAGCCCGAGAGAGAGGACUCCAAUGGAGACACUGUGCUUACACUUAAUGUGUCAGAGUGUACACCAAGUAGUUUGCCAGAAGUUCAACAGGAGAAUGUAAUCAGUUCUCAAGAUUUAACAGUGAAUCUAGUUGCUAACGUACAUCAAGGUGGUGAAGAUGAACAAGCAUUCAUUUUAACUCUGGUGGAAAUCCCAACCAAUGCCAUAGAAGAAUAUACUGAUACCACUGCCCAGUUAAUGCCAAACCCUUUACUGCCAGCGCCCAUAUUGAUCAAGUCCGUGAAUACAGAAGAAAGGAGUGACAUGAGUAUGAGUUUUCCAGUAACUUCAGUUGGUCAGGAUGCCAUGUGUAUAUCUGAUUCUGGAAGAGAGGAUUCUGAAAAGCUUCCUGCUAAUUUGGAUCUUAUAACUAGGAAGAGAUUUCAUUGUACGCUUGAUGAAAGUGACCAUGUUCCUCCUGCCAAAAAAAGUUCACUCACUUCAAGAGAUGAUUGUCAAAAUUAUACCUCUGAGGGGUGUUCAGAGGAAAUAAGUGUUGAGGAAACAGGGGAGUCUUACAAGGGACAAGAUACCUUCCCUACCUCAGGAAGCACACAUACAACUCCAGAACCUCAGAAAGAGCAACUUGAACCAACUUUGCAGUGUAUAGGAUCUCAGUCUCUUGAUGAAAUAAUAGACACGCAUGCAGAAACGAGUACACCUCAGUUACCUCAGAAUGAGAUGAUUGUCUCUGAUAAGGAAGAGGGAACUGGUGCUGCUUCAAAGUCUGAACAAAUGGGUAGCAUCACAGCAGCUUCAAAAACCCCAUUAUCCAGACCUGGCAGAAGACCCCUGGGAUUUUUGUCUUUAAUAUGUUCAAAGAAUAGUUUGGAGUCUGAUGAACCUACUCAUGUUUAUAAUAAGAAACGCCUAAAGCCUUUUAUACCUACACUAAGACAGAAUUUGAAAAGAUCAAAUCCACUCAAUGAAAGCCAGAAAAAAACCCAAGAGUCCUCUGAUCUGCUUCCAUCUCCAAGUGUUGUUGUUAAUACCGAAUCUGAGAAUAUUGGCAGUUCACCAGCUCAGGUUUCUUAUGAUCGUCCCUUACCAAAAGAGGAAUGUAAAACUGGCCAAACCCGGGCACCUGAAGAGGGGCCAACCACAGUCUCUGAAUAUUUUUUUAGUGAUAUAUUUAUUGAAGUGGAUGAAACAUAGUAAAAGUCUUUUUUGUUGUUUUUUUUUUUUUUUUCAAAGUCUAGGAUUUCCAGAGUCAAUUAUAUCACCUAAGCAGUAUUUAGAAAAAAGCAUCAAUGGCUGUUUUUCUUUAGAUUGACUUUAAAUAUUUAAUGAGCUUGAUUUGAAGCUUUUAUAAUCAUUGGAAAACAUUGCUGAGGUUCCUUUCAUUCUGAUUGAUUCAGCAUUUUGGAAAUACAAAGCAAUUAAGACUGCUUCUGAGACAGAAAAAGCUUCUCUUGUUUACAUUUUUACUCUUCCUGUGCUGAACAUACAUGGACAUUCUGGAGUGUUUUGGAUAAAUGUUUAUGUAUAAAUCACAGUGCCCAAGUAUUCGGAGGUGGAUUGUAUUUAACACUUAGUGAACUUUUGUAAAGGUUUUUUUCUGGGGUCUUUUUUUGGGGGUGGGAGGUUUUGUUUUGUUGUCGUUGUUGUUGUUCUUUGUUGGUUUUGCUGAAGGCCUUUUCAGUUGCCUCUCGGUAUAUGAAAGCAUAUUGUGAAACUCCACUUUAGUAUGGUAAAUGUUAAAAACUUUUCUAUUUUCAUCUAUUUGACUGGAAAAUAUGUAUUUUUCUAAUUGAUGUUGAUGUAACAUUAGUCCUAAUUGAACAAGUAAGUAGUAUUUAAACUUAUUAUUUAUAAAGACGAAACAUCAAAAAGUUUAUUUAUUUUUAAAUUGUUUAUUUAAAAGAAUAUUCAGUUUUAAUUAUUUUCACCACUCAGAUUAUGGGUAAAGAAGGCAUUGACAAAUUUAUGUUUGUCCCUUUUCCCUCUUUAAUUUUAAAGAUAUUUAAAGUUAUAUCACUAAAGUAUUUGGAUAGUAUAUGUUUUGAAUACAUUUUUUUCUCAUAGUUUAGUAUAUUGAAUUUGUACUGUGAAUUUUUGGUUUUUGUUAUUUCUUGGAUAAUCUCAGGAUUUGAUUGGGGGAAAAACCCUUAAUUUAUGAGGGAGAUUUACAUACAAAACUCAAUCCCCUUUACACACACAUACGCUUAUACACAUUCCUUUUUUAAAAAAACUGAUUUCUUGAUAGUUUUUUUUCCCCCAUUAAAUUUUGCUUAAGGAACACUCAGACCUUUAAGCAUUGAACAUAAUUAUGAUGUUAAAGCAGAAAAUAAGAGAAUAAGAUUUUGUUCAGUGAUUAUCAUCAGUAUUAAUUUAAGGGUUGUUUUUAAUUUUGAAAUUUUGUUAUUUAGAUAUGUAAUUCCAUUAUCCACCCAAGCAAAUCUUUGGUGGUUGUUCACAUCAAACUUCUUAAUAGCAGAUUUAAUCUUCUAUUUGAAAAGCCUCAGAGCAGGAGUCAAAAUAUUUUCCAGAAAAUAUUUUUGAACUUGUGGGCCAGAAGGAAUCUGUGGCAACUACUAAACUCUGCUAUUUCAGUGUGCAAAUAGCCAGGGGACACUUAAGUGAUUGACAUGGCUGGAUUGGGCUUUUAGUUUGACCCCUACGUUGGACAGCAAUUUUCAUACCUUAAGGUGCUGACAUCUUUAUCUUAUCUAUGAAAUAUUCAUCAUUGAAGUUAUGAGUUGUGCAUCACAGUUAAAACUGUGUUGAUUGAUUGCAUUACAAAAUGAUCAGUAUUUCAGCUGGGAAAAUAUUUUAAUGUCUAGAUAACUGUAUAUUGAAAAAAAUUGUGGCCAAUUUUUGAGUUCAUUAGUAAAAUCGGAUAUGGCUCAACAAUAACAGCUUAUUCAUUGCUUUACAGUGAAAUUUACAAUUUAACUUUUUUGUCAUAAAGGAGGAUCUAUAAAUCUGGGUGGAAAUUCUCAAUAGGUAUGCAUUAAUUUGUGUGAUUAAGAUGUCACAAAAAUCAUGGUAUUAAAUCACAUUGCCAUUUUAAUGCCCUGUUUUUAUAAAAUUUUUUAAAGUCUCAUAUUCUGAAAGUUUCAUUCAGUUAAUGUUAGUUUCAGUGUUAAGUUGCCACAGUUAAACUAUUAUUUUAUCCCUUGUGUAAUAUUUAUUUUUUAACUUUGCUAACAUCUGUCUUGUACAUCUAUAAUGAAUUGGUUUUAUGGAAGAUAUAAUUUCUUACUGUAUAAGAAAUAAUUUUAUCUUUGGGCAUUCAUUGUAUUAGAGAAUCAAGUCAGCCAGCUAAAUUGUCCUACUAUUAUAUCCUUAAAACUAAUCUGGGAAAAUGAGAAAACGUAAUCAGUGUCUUUACCUUACAAGGUGGAAAGAAUUAGUCACACCUAUAUUUAAUCUGAUUCAUGUAAAGAUGAUGUUGUGAAGAAUUGUAUAAAUCUUAAAAGAGGUAUGAAUAAUGGUUUUGUUUUCUUGACUUUUCCUCCUGAAAACUUAGGUCUUAGCAAGCAAUCAACAUGAUGGUUUAAAAGCCUAAUUGUUGGUAAAUGAUUGAGGCACAGAUAAAAUUAUGAAUAUCCACUGUUGACCAUAUUAUUUGAAAUAGAAGUGACCAUGUGUAUACUCUCUUGCUUGAAGGAGUUUUUGACAAAAAGCAAUAUCUGUCAUUUGUAAAUUUUCUUGUUCUAAAGAAAGCAGUUAUGUUCUAUAGGUAUAAAUUAUGUAAAUAAAAGUUAUUUUAUACUA